AUGAAUGAAGAUCCAAACAAUCAUCUUAUGGACUUCGAGGAGAUCAUGAACACCUUUCAAUACAACGAUGUGUCACAAAAUGCAGUUUACCUAAGGGAAUUCCCCUUCACUCUCAAAGAUGAUGCAAAGCACUGGCUUCGAAGCAUGCCCCACAGAUCAAUUAGAACAUGGGAGGAGAUGACCAGAAAAUUUCUUGCUAAAUAUUUCUCCUCAGCUAGGACGGGCAAGUUUAGAAGAGAAAUCCAUAACUUCUACCAAAAUGAGUCUGAAACUGUGUUUGAAGCUUGGGCGAGGUUUAAGGAGAUUGUUAGAAAGUGUCAACAUAGUGGAAUUGAAUUCUGGAUGAAACUCCAGGACUUUUGGGAUGGGUUGACACCAGCCUCACGCAGAACAUUGAGCAAUGCAGUUGAAGGCCCGUUUAUGAAAAAUACUCCAAAGGAGAUAGUCACUAUUCUAGAUGAGUUAUCUGAAGAUGCAAAUCAGCGGCCCUCUAAGAUUACUGAAAGAAGAAGAUCAACUGGUGUUCACCAGGUCGAUGCUAACACAUCUGUGCAGGUAAAGCUUGAUGCCAUGGCAAAAGAAAUAAGGAAGCUAAUCUUGGCUUCGAUACAUAAUGAGUCUCCUGCAGCCUGUGAUAUAUGUGGAAGAGGACACCUCACUCAUGAGUGUCAAGCUUCAAUGGAGGAAGUGAAUGAUGUGGGUAAUUAUAAUUUCAAUGCAAUGGGUCAGAAGCAUCCCAAUUUUUCAUGGAGUUCACCUGGGGGUACAGCAAAUGCAUGGCAACAAAAUAACUCCAGAUUUCAAGGAGCUCCUGGUUUUGUGAAUCAGUCGAGGCUGCAGUUUCAGCCUCAAAAGCCAAUUCAGUCUGGGCUAGAAGAUCUUAUGAAGUCCUUCAUUGUCAAUAUGGAUGAGAGGCUAGAUGCUCAUGGUGCAGCUAUCAAAGAACUUGGGACAAGUUUGCGUAACUUGGAGAGACAAGUGGGACAAAUUGCAAAUAUAUUGUCUGAGAGAAUCCCAGGUACUCUGCCAGUUGAUAUUGAGAAGAAUCCCAAAGAAACGAUAAAUAUUGUGACCUUGAGAAGCGGGAAACUGGAGAAGGAGAUUGGAGAGAUAAGGUCGGUGCCAAUAUCUUUGCAGCUGGCAGACCAAACAACUAUAACACCCGAGGGUAUAGUGGAAGAUGUCUUGGUGUGGGUGGAUAAGUUCGUAUUUUCGGUAGAUUUCAUAGUGGUGAAUAUGGAGGAGAACAAGGAGGUCCCCCUCAUCUUAGGAAUACUAUUUUUAGCAAUGGGUAGAGCUAUACUGGAUAUACAUGAUAGAAAACUCAUACAUAGAGUGGGUGAGGAGACUAUGACUUUUGAGAUGAAUGUAGCAACUGGAGUAAAAAAAGAGAGGCCAGUUGCAAGUGUUGAAUGGAAGGUGAAGGGUGUGAAAAAAGGUUGCAUUGAUUGA